AUGGGACGUGGACGUGGACAUGGACAUGGACGUGGAUGGGACGUGGACGUGGACGUGGACAUGGACGUGGACGUGGACGUGGACGUGGACGUGGUCGUGGACGUGGACAUGGACGUGGACGUGGUCGUGGACGUGGACGUGGACGACGUGGACGUGGUGGACGUGGACAUGGACGUGGACGUGGUCGUGGACGUUGACGUGGACGUGGUCGUAGACGUGGAGGACUUGGACAUGGACAUGGACAUGGACGUGGACAUUAUCGUGGACGUGGACGUGGACGUAGACGUGGACGUGGACCUGGACGUGGACGUGGUCGUGGACGUUGACGUGGACGUGGAUGUGGUCGUAGACGUGGAGGACUUGGACAUGGACAUGGACGUGGACGUGGACGUUAUCGUGGACGUAGACGUAGACGUGGACGUGGUCGUGGUCGUCCACGACGUGGACUUGGACGUGGACAUGGUCGUGGAAGUGGACGUGGAUGUGGACGUGGUCGUGGAUGUGGACGUGGACAUGGUCGUGGACGUGGACGUGGACGUGGACAUGGACAUGGACGUGGACGUGGACGUGAACGUGGAUGUGGACGUAGACGUGGACGUGGACGUGGACGUGGACGUGGACGUGGACGUGGACAUGGACGUGGUCGUGGACGUGGACGUGGACGUGGACGUGGACGUGGACGUGGACGUCGACGUGGACGUGGACGUGGACGUGGACGUGGACAUGGACGUGGACGUGGACGUGGACGUGGACGUGGACGUGGACGUGGACGUGGACAUGGACGUGGACGUGGACGUGGACGUGGACGUGGACGUGGACGUGGACGUGGACGUGGACAUGGACGUGGACAUGGACGUGGACGUGGACGUGGACGUAGACAUGGACGUGGACGUGGACAUGGACGUGGACGUGGACGUGGACUUAUACGUGGACGUGGACAUGGACAUGGACGUGGACGUGGACGUGGAUGAGGACUUGGACGUGGACAUGGACGUGGACAUAAACGUGGACGUGGACGUGGACGUGGACGUGGACGUGGACAGGGACGUGGACGUGGACAUGGACGUGGACGUGGACGUGGACGUGGACGUGGACGUGGACGUGGACAUGGACGUGGACAUGGACGUGGACGUGGACGUGGACGUAAACGUGGACAUGGACGUGGACGUGGACGUGGACGUGGACGUAGACGUGGACGUGGACGUGGUCGUGGACGUGGACGUGGACAUGGACGUGGACGUGGUCGUGGACGUGGACGUGGACGUAGACGUGGACGUGGACAUGAACGUGGACGUGGACGUGGACAUGGACGUGGACAUGAACGUGGACGUGGACGUGGACAUAGACAUGGACGUGGACGUGGACGUGGACGUGGACGUGGACGGGGACGUGGACGUGGACGUGGACAUGGACGUGGACGGGGACGUGGACGUGGACGUGGACGUGGACGUGGACGUGGACGUGGACAUGGACGUGGACGUGGACAUGGUCGUGGACGUGGACGUGGACGUGGACGUAGACGUGGUCGUGGACGUGGACGUGGACGUGGACGUGGACGUGGACGUGGACGUGGACGUGGACGUGGACGUAGACGUGGACGUGGACGUGGACAUGGACGUGGACGUGGACGUGGACGUAGACGUGGACGUGGACAUGGACGUGGACGUGGUCGUGGACGUGGACGACGUGGACGUGGUGGACAUGGACGUGGACCUGGUCGUGGACGUUGACGUGGACGUGGACGUGGUCGUAGACGUGGAGGACUUGGACAUGGACAUGAACAUGGACGUGGACGUGGACGUUAUUGUGGACGUGGACGUGGACGUGGACGUGGACGUGGUCGUGGACGUUGACGUGGACGUGGACGUGGUCGUAGAUGUGGAGGACUUGGACAUGGACAUGGACGUGGACGUGGACGUUAUUGUGGAUGUGGACGUAGACGUGGACGUGGUCGUGGUCGUCCACGACGUGGACUUGGACGUGGACGUGGUCGUGGACGUGGACGUGGACGUGGACGUGGACAUGGACGUCAACGUGGACGUAGACAUGGACAUGGUCGUGGACAUGGACAUGGUCGUGGACGUGGACAUGGACGUGGACGUGCACGUGGACGUGGACGUGGUCGUCGACGUGGACAUGGUCGUGGACGUGGACGUGGACGUGGUCGUGGACGUGGAGGAUUUGGACGUGGUCGUGGACGUGGAUGUUGACGUGGUCGUGGACGUGGACGUGGUCGUGGACGUGGACGUGGACGACGUGGACGUAGUAGACGUGGACGUGGACGUGGAGGACGUGGACGUGGACUUGGACGUGGUUGUGGACGUUGACGUGGACGUGGACGUUGACGUGGACGUGGUUGAGGACGUGGACGUGGACGUGGACGUGGACAUGGACGUGGACGUGGACCUGGACCUGGACGUGGACAUGGACGUGGACGUGGACGUGGACAUGGACAUGGACGUGGACGUGGACGUGGACGUGGACGUGGACGUGGACAUGGACGUGGACGUGGACGUGGACAUGGACGUGGACGUGGACGUGGACGUGGACGUGGAUGUGGACAUGGACGUGGACGUGGACGUGGACAUGGACGUGGACUUGGACGUGGACAUGGACGUGGACGUGGACGUGGACUUGGACGUGGACGUGGACGUGGACGUGGACGUGGACGUGGACGUGGACGUGGACAUUGAGAUGGACGUGGACGUGGACGUGGACGUGGACAUGGACGUGGACGUGGACGUGGACGUGGACAAGGACGUGGACGUGGACAUGGACGUGGACGUGGACGUGGACGUGGACAUGGACGUGGACGUGGACGUGGACCUGGACGUGGACGUGGACGUGGACAUGGACGUGGACAUGGACAUGGACGUGGACGUGGACGUGGACGUGGACGUGGACAUGGACAUGAACGUGGACAUGGACGUGGACGUGGACGUGGACGUGGACGUAGACGUGGACGUGGACAUGGACGUGGACGUGGUCGUGGACGUGGACGUGGACGACGUGGACGUGGUGGACGUGGACGUCGACGUGGAGGACGUGGACGUGGACGUGGUCGUGGAUGUUGACGUGGACGUGAACGUUGACAUGGACGUGGUUGUGGACGUGGACGUGGACGUGGACAUGGACGUGGACGUGGACGUGGACGUGGACAUGGACGUGGACGUGGACGUGGACAUGGACGUGGACGUGGACGUGGACGUGAACGUGGACGUGGACAUGGAUGUGGACGUGGACGUGGACGUGGACGUGGACGUAGACGUGGACGUGGACAUGGACGUGGACGUGGAUGUGGACUUGGACAUGGACGUGGACGUGGACAUGGACGUGGACGUGGACGUGGACGUGGACAUGGACGUGGACGUGGACAUGGACGUGGACAUGGACGUGGACGUGGACGUAGACGUGGACGUGGACAUAGACGUGGACGUGGACGUGGACGUGGACGUGGACGUGGACGUGGACAUGGACGUGGACGUGGACGUGGACGUGGACGUGGACUUGGAUGUGGACGUGGACGUGGACGUGGUCGUGGACGUGGACGUAGACGUGGACGUGGACGUGGACGUGGACCUGGACGUGGACGUGGACGUGGACGUGGACGUGGACAUGGACGUGGACGUGGACGUGGACGUGGACGUGGACAUGGACGUGGACGUGGACAUGGACGUGGACGUGGACGUGGAUGUGGACGUGGACGUGGACAUGGACGUGGACGUGGACGUGGACGUGGACAUGGACGUGGACAUGGACGUGGACGUGGACGUGGACGUGGACGUGGACAUGGACGUGAACGUGGACAUGGACGUGGACGUGGACGUGGACGUAGACGUGGACGUGGACAUGGACGUGGACGUGGUCGUGGACGUGGACGUGGACGACGUGGACGUGGUGGACGUGGACGUGGACGUGGACGUGGUCGUGUACGUUGACGUGGACGUGGACGUUGACGUGGACGUGGACGUGGACGUGGACGUGGACAUGGACGUGGACGUGGACGUGGACGUGGACAUGGACGUGGACGUGGACGUGGACAUGGACGUGGACGUGGACGUGGACGUGAACGUGGACGUGGACAUGGAUGUGGACGUGGACGUGGACGUGGACGUGGACGUAGACGUGGACGUGGACAUGGACGUGGACGUGGACGUGGACUUGGACAUGGACGUGGACGUGGACAUGGACGUGGACGUGGACGUGGAUGUGGACAUGGACGUGGACGUGGACAUGGACGUGGACAUGGACGUGGACGUGGACGUAGACGUGGACGUGGACAUAGACGUGGACGUGGACGUGGACGUGGACGUGGACGUGGACGUGGAACCGACGUGGACGUGGACGUGGACGUGGACGUGGACGUGGACGUGGACGUGGACGUGGUCGUGGACGUGGACGUAG